CUUUGAGUUUGUUCGGCAGUUCACUCAAGUCAGCAGCAGCCCCGCAUCCGUCAAGCAAGAAGCGACUGAACCUACUCAACUCUCAAGCGAGUGAGCGACUGAAGCCCGAAGGAACUCCCAGCGGGUCAGCGACGGCCGACGCCCAACUGCCCAAGUCUCGAUGGUCGAUGGAGACUGAGUGACUGUCCUCGUUCGCCACUGGUUCCCGAGUUGCCGCCUUGCCGGUAUGUUUUAAUUUAUCUUUUCUUUUGACGGUAUAUUUUAAUUGUUGAUGAAUAAUGAAUGAUUUAUGCUUCAUUGCUUUGUAAAUUGUAUAUUUGUAUUGUAUAUUAGAACCACGGUGCUUCAUUUGUAACUUGUAACUUGUAAGAUUGACCAACUAGACAUUCAUUUUGAAGUUUGGUUCAACUUUCAAGACAUAAGUGGAUUUAGUUGAAUCUCUUAAUUUUUUAAAAAUUGUUGUGUCUAACAUGGUUGAAUUAUUUGAACUUUUAAUUAUAAUUUAAUUUAUACAAUUAUACAAAUUAUACUCAUUUUAUUUCAAUUGUAGUUGGUCUAGGUUGUUUGACAACCAAUCGCUAUGUUACGAUAUUAUCCGGUCGUUCCGCCAAAACCAAAACAGCCUAGUAUUGACGUUUCUUCAUCGAAUAAUUUAGUUUCUUCAUCGGAAAAUGUCAUUCCUAACAAUGAGACUAAUGUUAAAAAAGCUCGAAUAGAGGUUGAAUUGUCGGAUGAUGACAUUGUUGGUGAUCCUGGAUUGCGUAAGCCGAUUGAGACUUAUGAUGUUAAUAUUAGAGACAAGUUGAGGAGACGUUAUUUGACAAAAGGUCCUUGCCAACCGCGCGACUUUAAAUUCCCACAAAGUGAUUUUAAUGGGCGCAACAGAUCAUUCCAAAAACAGUGGUUUGAUGAAUUUAAUUGGUUGGAGUAUAGUGUUGCUAAAGAUGCAGCAUUUAACCAUUUGUGUUAUUUGUUUGGUAGACAUCAUAAAAAUGGGGAUGAUGCUUUUACUGAAGUUGGGUUUAAUAACUGGAGGAAAGCUAAGGAAAAAUUCCGUGACCACGAAGGAACUCCAGAAAGCAUGCAUCAUUAUGCAAAAAUUAAAUGGUCUGGGUUUCAAAACCAAAAACAAAAUGUGGAUUAUGUUUUAUCUCAACAAACCAAGAAAGAUGAGCUUGAGUAUCGGUUGAGAUUAACAACUAUUGUUGAUGUAGUUCGAUUCCUUUUAGAGGGUGGUUUGGCUUUUCGAGGUCACAAUGAAUCAGCUACUUCUACGCAUUCUGGUAACUUUCUUGAACUCUUGAAAUGGGAGUGUAGACGGCAUCCACAUAUCAAUAUGGUAAUGAACUCAAAUGCUCCUGGGAAUAGUCUACUAACCUCUCCUAAAAUUCAAAAGGAGGUUAUUAAUGCUUGUGCAACUGAGGUAAGACUAGCUAUUAUUAAUGAGGUUGGUAGCAAGUUUUUCUCUUUGUUGAUUGAUGAGGCUCGGGAUAGUUCCAUAAAAGAGCAAAUGUCUGUGGUUAUAAGGUUUGUUAACAAUUGUGGGGAGGUAAUUGAGCGAUUUUUGGGAGUGGUGCAUGUUAGUAACACUUGUGCGCAGACAUUGAAAAAUGCCAUUGAUGAUUUCUUUGCAAAAUAUGGUCUUUCGUUGUCUAAGGUUCGAGGCCAAGGUUAUGAUGGGGCUUCCAAUAUGAGCGGUGCAAUUAAUGGCUUAAAACAAAAAAUAUUGGAGGAAAAUAAGCAAGCUCAUUAUGUUCAUUGUUUUGCUCAUCGCCUUCAGUUAGUGAUUGUGUCCUCUUUGAAGAGCAAUGGAAUAAUUGGUAGUUUUUUUGAUCAUCUUUUAAUGAUUGUAAAUGUGGUUGGUGCAUCAUGUAAGAGAAAAGAUGAUCUUUUACAAAAACAUUAUGAAGAUCUUGUAGGCCGUAUAGAACGUGGUGAGGUUAGCACGGGCAAGGGGAAAAAUCAAGAAAAAAGUCUAGCACGGCCAGGUGAUACUCGUUGGGGCUCCCAUUAUAAAACAAUCAUUAGAGUUGUUGAUAUGUGGGAUGCGGUCAUUGAGGUGCUUGAAGCUAUAUUUGAUGAUGGUGUUGAUCUCAAAAGACGAGUGAAAAGGCAGAAGACAGUUGAUGGUAGUCCGAAGACUUAUUUACACUAUUUUCAUGUUGACAUUUUUCUCGAGGUUAUUGAUCGUCUUACUCAAGAGAUGAAUAAUCGUUUUACCGAGACAAGUUCGGAGCUAUUAAUGUGCAUAGCAUCGUUGAGUCCCAAAGACUCGUUCUCCAAUUUUGAUGUGAAGCGACUACUUCGUCUUGCCGAAUUAUACCCAGAUGAUUUUAGUUCAAGAGACAAAUUUGAACUAAAUGAACAACUUAGGGUGUUCAUUACAUUUGUCAAAUCAUCUCCACAGUUUUUAGGCCUACAAACUAUUGGAGAUUUGGCAAAAACAUUGGUUGGAACAGAGUGGCACACAACUUAUAAGUUAGUGUACCGACUCAUUCAAUUGGCAUUGGUUUUACCUGUUACAACCGCCACAGUUGAAAGAUCUUUCUCGACGAUGAAGUAUAUCAAGAAUGAUUUGCGCAACAAGAUUGGAGAAGAAUACUUGACAGAUUGCUUGGUGUGCUACAUUGAAAAAGAUAUAUUUGUUAAAAUUGAUAAUGAAGUCAUUAUGAGGCGAUUUCAAAGUAUGGCACCUCGAAGACAAAGAUUGCCGCCUCUCAAUGAUUCUCCUUCGGUUGACGCGUCAUGUUCUAAUCAAAAUUAAGGAGGCCCACACCAUGGACGGAUUUGGCUCCGAUACCAUGUUAAGAUCUGGGGUUCCAUUCUAAAAGAUCAACCUGAUAGGAGGAGUAAUCCAGAUCUUAAUAUAGCACUUCAUUCCUUCACAAGUUUCGGGUGUGGGAAUUCAACAGCAUGGGGCGGCAAUAGGAAAAUUCUCACGGACUGAGAGGAAGGCAUAGCAGGAGUUUGAGAGUGUCGGUCAGACAAAGUUCUUCCUUGUAACUCAAUCCCGACAAGAUCCAAUUAGGGUUGUGCGACUGGAGGUCAAGAUGAUGGCGAUUGGCAUUUGGCGGCGCAUUUUUUUGUGGCGAAAGUGGAGGCUUGACAGAGAAUACGAUGAAUAAGAGGUAAGGUGAUCGAGGAAGAAGUUACAGUUUUGCUGGCUCGCCCCCAUCCUAAACCGCCUCCGUAGAGUGCAAGAGAAUCUAGCAUUUGAAAGAAAAUGAGUGAACUCUAUGGCUCGCCUAGCACAAAGAUGAGGAUCUUGAAGGCGCUACAUGAAGAAGGCGGAGCGGGGGGGGGGGGGGGGGGGGGGGCUCCAUCAGUUUAAUUACCUGCUUUAAUUUCUUUUUAUUUAAUUUAAGUUUUUGUAAUUAAGUACUCUGUUGUUAGCGUUAUCAUUGUCUUUGGGGGAAGUAGGUUUAUCUAUUGCUUUUUUGGCGAGUUAUUAUUUUGUUUGGAAGCAAUCAGGUCGUGUUGACCGAUAAUAGCUUCGAAGUUCUUGCAUGUUUAACGAUUAGUCACGCUUAAUUUUGGGUGCUCUAUUCUAUCACUACAAGAAUUCACGCGAUUUAGUGGCGGAAUAUCCGUCGCUAAUUC